UGAAUUCCUCAAUCCAUAUGCCGAAGCCUAAGACAUCAAUUGUUUUGGGCUGGAAGCAGAGGCGAAUCCAAGAUUUCAAGAGGAUGAGUUCACCUUGGAUUUUUUUUUUUUUUUAAAAGAAAAGACGCAAAAGUGCAUUUUGUAGGGUUCGAUCCCACCACCUUAAGGGAUUAAACCCAACACUUAACCAGUGCUCCACUCCAGGUAGUUUGACCAUGUGUUCCUUCAGUUAAUAUUAGAUAUAUUUUAAGGAUUUUAUACAUAAUAUACCGAGUUUAGUCAGGUGACCAUGUGUUCACGUGACCCAUUUUUAAUGCAUAGAUUCGCCCCUGGCUGGAAGGAGUAGCAACAAUAAUGGAGAGGAGAUAACGUAUUGCAAUUAACAAUGUUGACGCUUACUUUAUCUUAAAGUGUCUGAUUUGUUAUCUAAUAUUUCUAAUAUUCGCUGUUUGUAUCAGGCGUAGGAUGCAGGACGCAAGUACCCAGUAAAGUCGCUCUUGUUGAUCUUUUGGAGUUGAACAUGAUCGCUCUCCAUUUCGGAGAGUUUCUGAAAUUUGUGUAUUUCCUUUUCAUAUUGCUUUGUUAGAAAUGGGUUAGAAAGUUACUGGCCGACGCGUUAAACUUCGUUUUUCUCAGUCUUGUCUAUUAUUUUUAUAGUGAGAAUGGCUAGUUUGCCUGGUAGCAGUGAGAUUACAGAGUCAAUAGAGGACCCUGCAUAUAAAAUGAAUGAAGGUGCACUUUAUAACACGAAGCCUAUAAAAAAGUAUUGUAUUGAAGAUGAUAUUAAUAAACUGUUUGAGGAGAUGGAGAUUAGGAAUUCCAAUAGGGGUGUGAUGAGUAAACGUGCGAUGAAGAGGCCGAUGAGAUCUAGCCCCUUUCAUGCAUCAGGCAUAGGAAUUUCUGGGCCUGCAAGUUUGAAGCAGGCCUUGAGAGGAUUAUGUAUCUCUCAGGCAUCAGAGCUGGCUGCUGUGAAGAAGCAAUCAUCAAAAGCAUCCAGGAUUAUGCAUGAUGAUGGAGGUAUGCGGAAUUUGGUGGAGAUAUCUCUCGUCCCAGAGAGUAGUAUGGUGGAUUCUUUGCAUAAGAGUCCUGAAUCUAAAAAUGUGCCAGUACAAGAACAAUGUACUUUUGCAACUCGUUCUUGUCCUCUCUCUGAAGAUGCAUCGGAACAUAAGGCAAGUGAAGUUCCAGCAGAAAGUGAGGCCCUUUGUCAGUCAAAUGGCCAGAAAACGACAUUGGAGUUACCACAUUCUUCGACUGGCAACUGUACUGAUAAAGUAGAACUAGUACUGGAACAGAUCGUGCCUUCUGUAAAUGAAUCUCCUGUAACUGCAAUUGUAGCAGACAGGGAGCACGAGCAAGAUUUACAUUUUGCGUCUUGCUCCUCCUUUUCCGGUGCAGGAAAUAAAGUCAUUAACCCUACCUCUAGAACCUCUGGUAGUCCAAGUCUGACGAAACCAGUUUUCAGAAGCAAAACCUUUUUCAAGAAGAAAGUUUUAUCUUCUUUACCCAGCCGUCCGAAACAUUGUAAUGGUGGAAUCAAUAGUGAUUGGUCUUGUAGCACAAAUGAGUUUCCUUGUCAGACACCUAAAUAUGCUCUGAGGAAUAACUGUAAAGAAGAGGAUAAGGAGAGUAGCAUAGAAGUUAGUUCAUCGGGUUUGAAGUCUGGUGUUGCUAAACUAGGUCUGAGCUCAAAUAGUAACAAAGCAAGAAGUAUAAUUACAAAAGCUGAUGAAAGAUCGAGGUCAAAGGAAAAGUGGCAGAUGUCUCAAAGUUCAAAGAGUAGUAUUGGGGAUUAUAGCAGCAACACAAGUGUUAGCGAUGAAAGCUAUCUCAGUGGGUCUAGUCGCAGUGGUUAUCGGCCUCAUAUGUCAAAAGAUUUGAGAUGGGAGGCUAUUAUUGGUGUUCAAAAGCAGCAUGGAAAUAUUGGCUUAAGUCAUUUUAAACUGAUCAGAAAACUCGGAGGUGGGGAUAUUGGGAAUGUUUAUCUCUCCGAGUUAACAGGCACAAACUGUAUGUUUGCUGUGAAAGUCAUGGAUAAUGACUUACUGACCAGCAAGAGGAAGGUGACGAGAGCUCAGACUGAAAUAGGAAUUCUUCAAAUACUGGAUCAUCCGUUUCUCCCAACUCUCUUCGCCCAUUUUACCAAUGACAAAUACUCGUGUUUAGUGAUGGAAUAUUGUCCAGGUGGUGAUCUGCAUGUACUGCGACAAAAACAACCAAGCAAGAGUUUCUCCGAACAAGCUGCGAGAUUUUACGUUGCUGAAGUUCUUCUUGCAUUGGAAUACCUUCACCUGCUUGGAGUUGUCUACCGGGACUUAAAACCCGAGAAUGUGUUGGUUCGAGAAGACGGCCAUAUCAUGCUGUCUGAUUUUGAUUUGUCUCUUAGGUGUGCUGUUUAUCCUACCUUGGUAAAAUCAUCUUCACCUAUCCUUGAGCUUCCGAAAAAGUCUAGUCCGUCGUGCUCAGCUAGCUGCAUUGAUCCCUUCUGCCUACAUCCAUCCUGGCAAGUAUCCUGCUUCGGCCCCAGGUUUUUAUCUACGGAAGCAAAGACACGUAAGCUAAAGGCUGACCUAGCUGCACAAGUCUCACCUUUACCACAGCUUGUUGUGGAGCCAGCCGACACUCGAUCCAACUCAUUUGUAGGGACCCACGAGUAUCUAGCUCCGGAGAUUAUCAAAGGUGAAGGUCAUGGCAGUGCUGUAGAUUGGUGGACCUUAGGCAUCUUUCUUUAUGAGCUUUUAUAUGGUAGGACUCCUUUCAAAGGGACAGGAAAUGAGGAUACACUAGCCAAUGUGGUUUCUCAAUGUCUCAAUUUUCCAGCUAGGCCUAUUGUUAGCUCUCAUGCAAGAGACUUAAUCAGAAGGUUGUUGCAGAAGGAACCCGAGAAUAGAUUCGGAGCUGUGAGAGGGGCAGCAGAGAUAAAGCAACAUCCGUUCUUCGAGGGACUUAACUGGGCGUUAAUCCGAUGCUCUACGCCUCCAGAAGUACCUAGAUCAUACGACUUGGCAAAUGUCGUCCCUGAUGCCAACCGACAAAAUAAGGAGAGUAGCAAGUGUCAAAAAGAGUUGAGAAAUAUAGGAGAAGAUAUUGAGGUUGAGAUGUUUUAGCAACACUGUAGUCUGUAGGUAUGAGAAGGGAUAGGUCUGGCUUUACAUUUUACAGAUUGUGUCUGGUAUGUGUAACUAAUAGGCAGUUUAACAUAGAUAUAGUGUACAUGUUCCACAAAGUGCAACACAUGAAGAAACAUAUAAUGUAUACCAUGUUUCAUAAAGUUGUUGAUUGUGCUAUGUAUCAGAGGAUGUAACUUUAUCAGCCCAAUUGAAAUGGAAAACUGGAAUGUGCAGCGACUCCAGGAAGUUACCAAA